GAGGGAAACAGACCGAGAGAGAGAGAGAGAGAUCUCCAUGGCUGAGGUCUGAAAACAAAAUGGAGAAGUUUCACACACGCUGAGAGGGAGAGGAUAUAAACAGACAUGCAGAACAGACUCCACGCCAAAUGUUGAGUCUCAUCAACACUGCUGACGCUAGACUUGAACACUAAACCAAGAUGUCAUACAUCCUUGCGAUCCUCACCUUCGUUGCCACGGCGACUGCUGUUGUCUGCGGCGACGGCGGGAGCCAGCGGUACGGUCCAGAUGUCACGAGUGCGGCGGAGUUUGGAGUUGCGGAGCACAACCGCAUGAGUAACUACCCGUACGCUUACAAGGUCAUCUCCGUCCUCUCGGACACCUCCCAGAUCUAUCCCCCGGCGCGUGUGAAGUACACCAUGACAGUGAAGGUGGGAGAGACGGUCUGUAGAAACAAAGACAGAGUCAACCUGACCGACUGCAGGCUACAGGCCGCACCUAAUGCCAAGACCAUGAUCUGCCAGUUUGUGGUUCUGGCCGUGCCCAACGCAUCGUUCCCCACCAACAGCUACCUACUCUCCAACAAGUGCAACUGAUCCUGGAGCAGUAUGGGUUGACAGACUCCCCCUUCAACACCGUAGGACCCUCAUCUCAGUACCUGAUCUUGUGGCUGUCCAAACAAAAGGAUUCAUUCUUUCUCUAUCAUGUCUCUGUCAAGACAAUCUCAAUAUUUAUUUGACAUUAAUGGCCUCAGGCCAUGCAUGGCAUUUGAAUUCAAAUUGUUUUGUAGAUCCUCUAGUUUGAUUACUGUCAUAUCAGAUUAGGAUACCAGCUGGGAUACCUUUCAGUCCUGGCUAUAUGUGUCCCUUUGAAUAGAUAACUAACAUACAAAUACAGCUCAGCAGGUCUGUAUAGAUACAUGUGGACCCUUUGUGUGUGAAGUGAGCACCCCCCUUCAUCUUAUUGUCACUCUCCCUAAUCUCAUUUACCACGAACACACUGAGCACAAAGAGCUGAUUAAAGAACAUGCUCUCAUUAGAGUAGCUUACUGUCCACUGUGGCUAAUGCUAGCACUGUGGCUAUGAAUACCCCAAGCACAUUGAGCUGAGUUAAUAUCAUGCUCUCAUCAGAGUAGCCUACUGUGUAAUGCUAGCACUGUGGCUAAUGUUACUACUAUGACUGAUGUUAAUACUAUGGCUAAUGUUAGCACUGUGGCUAAUGUUAGCACUGUGGCUAAUGUUAGCACUGUGGCUAAUGUUACUACUAUGACUAAUGUUAAUACCAUGGCUAAUGUUAGCACUGUGGCUAAUGUUAGCACUGUGGCUAAUGUUACUACUAUGACUAAUGUUAGCACUGUGGCUAAUGUUAGCACUGUGGCUAAUGUUAGCACUAUGGCUAAUGUUAGUACUGUGGCUAACAUAAGUACUAAGUACUAAGUAGACUUUAAGUCUGUUUCUGAUGUUUGGAUUACAACUGUAACUCUUAUGUCUAACUCUUACUCAACUGUACUCUAAUGAGUAGAUGUCAGUAAGUACUGAAGGCACUUUGCAGAGUAGAUGUCUGUCUGUUUUCUGAGAGUUGGUUGGUAGAUUUUUAGUUACUGGUUACUGGUUUUUGUGGGUGUCUGUGUGAACACUACUUUUGUCCUGUCUGCCUCCCUUAAUAAAUGUGUUGAUGAAGGGA